AUGCCACUCCUCCCUCCACGCUCACCUGGCACCUCACGACCUUCCCCUCCUGGGGGGGCUCCCUCCACCGGCUCCGAUGCUCCUGAAGAACUCCCCUCCUUCAGUGUCUCCACGAUCCUCCCUGGCUUCCUCUACCUCGGCCCCGAACUCACCGUUCCUGACCACGUGACCGAACUCAAAGAACUCGGUAUCCGUCGUAUCCUGAACAUCGCCGCAGAGUGCGACGCAGAUGACUAUGGGCUGGACCUACACCACGAAUUCGAGCGGUACGUACGCAUACCCAUGCGUGAUACCGUGGACGAAGAAAAAGUCCGCGGUUGUUUACGACUCGUAUGUGAGACCUUGGACGAAGCAGCACUCUACAACGCACCAACAUUCGUGCACUGCAAGGCUGGUCGUUCCCGGAGCGUCGCAGCAGUAAUGGCAUACCUCAUCCACGCCCACCGCUGGCCCCUCUCCCGCGCAUACGCGUUCGUCGUGGACCGCCGUCGCGGUGUAUCCCCCAACAUCGGAUUCGUUUCCGAAUUAAUGGCAUUCGAAGCUCGCGAGCUCGGCGGAAGACCUACCGGUACUUCCGGCGGCGGCGGUACAGAAGACGACGAACAAAACGGACAGCCUGGACGCAGGUUGCCGCACGCUCGCGAGAGCCUUCCUCCCAUGUUGUCUUCCUCCCAGGAAGCCGAAGAUGACGCUGACGCAGGGCUAGGCGUUGGACAAGACAUGGAAAUCAAGGAUGCAGAGGGUCGAUGGCGUCACGUCCGCCGUGCACCCGUCGACGAAGCCACCCUACAGCCUAUGCGUCGCGUGAGUAAGGCUGGAUUAGAGAGCACUGCAAAACUCUCUGCCAGCGAUGAGCAAGCGGCAGGUUGA